CUGAUUAUGACCGAAGCUGAAGAAAAACAAAGUUGACCAGACUACCUAACGAUCAAAUCGAAUCGAAGAAGACAAGAACCCAAAACCGAACAAACACAGCUUCUGUAAUGAAUAAUUGAGGAGGAAGAAAAAAGACGAUUUAAAAAUUUCGAGAAAUGGUGGAGGGUUGGCGAAACGGGUUACGCGAGGCGACGAAUUCGAAGCCUCUGUUCCUGACGAUCUACGCCACGGUUAUCAUCGGAGUUCUCGUCUCUUCUUUCUAUGUCUUCUCCGCUAUUUACUCUCCCACCAAUGGCUCCACUUCUUGGCUCUCUUCCCCUCCUCUCUCUACUGCUGGAAGAGUCCACCAGCUUCCACAAGAAAAUGCAACGUUUCAGACACCAGUUGUACCACCACCACCACAUGCACUGCCAUCGCCACCUCCGGAGGAAGAUCAAGGCAACUCCUUGGGUAAAAUCUGGGUGUCUCCUCCUAAAGACAAGAAGAUGCCACCGCUUGAGACGUUUAAACUGACGAAAGAGUUGUUUGGGGAAAGAGUUAAGGAUAAUGUGAUAAUAGUCACUUUUGGGAACUAUGCUUUUAUGGAUUUCAUUUUGACUUGGGUUAAACACUUGACUGAUUUAAAUAUCUCCAAUCUUCUAGUUGGUGCAAUGGAUACAAAGUUAUUAGAGGCUUUGUACUGGAAAGGAGUUCCGGUGUUUGACAUGGGAAGCCAUAUGAGCACAGUUGAUGUUGGGUGGGGUUCCCCUACGUUUCACAAAAUGGGAAGAGAGAAAGUUAUUCUCAUAGACUCUGUCUUGCCUUUUGGUUACGAGCUUCUAAUGUGUGACACUGACAUGGUGUGGCUUAAGAACCCUCUCCCUUAUUUGGCUCGGUACCCGGAAGCUGAUGUUUUGACAUCAAGCGAUCAAGUUGUGCCUACAGUCAUAGAUGACAGUUUAGAUAUAUGGCAACAAGUUGGUGCUGCCUACAACAUAGGGAUUUUCCAUUGGAGGCCAACGGAAUCUGCCAAAAAGUUGGCAAAAGAAUGGAAAGAAAUGCUCUUAGCUGAUGAUAAGGUUUGGGAUCAAAAUGGUUUCAAUGAGAUUGUUCGGAAACAGCUUGGUCCAUCUGUGGAUGGUGAUAGUGGACUUUUCUAUGCUUAUGAUGGAAACCUCAAAGUUGGGAUUUUGCCGGCUAGUAUAUUUUGCAGUGGUCACACUUACUUUGUUCAGGCUAUGUAUCAACAGCUCAGGCUAGAACCAUAUGCGUUGCAUACAACAUUCCAGUAUGCAGGUACUGAAGGAAAACGCCACAGGCUUCGAGAGGGGAUGGUUUUCUUUGACCCACCAGAAUAUUACGAUGCUCCAGGCGGUUUCAUUUCGUUCAAACCAUCUAUUCCAAAGAGCUUGUUACUAGACGGGAAGCAUACCAUUGAAUCACACUUUACCCUCGUUAACCACCAAAUGAAACAGAUUAGAUCAGCUCUAGCCAUUGCGUCUCUACUAAACCGUACACUGGUGAUGCCACCAAUAUGGUGCAGGUUAGACAGGCUUUGGUUUGGACAUCCCGGUACUCUUGUGGGAUCUAUGACCCGGCAACCUUUCAUCUGCCCUCUUGAUCAUGUCUUUGAGGUCAAUAUCAUGCUAAAGGAGCUACCGGAAGAUGAGUUUGGUCCUGGGAUUGGUAUCAGAGAAUAUUCUUUCCUAGAUAACCCAUCAUUGCCAAAACAAGUUAAAGAGUCAUGGCUUGAUGUUCAGCUUUGUCAAGAAGGAAAAGAAGGAUGUGAGGCAACGAAUAUCACAAGCCCCUCUGGGGUUCUUAAGUUCCCAAAGCGGAGCAAUGAAGAUACGUUCAAGGCGAUUUUCUCUUCCUUCAACGAUGUCAAAGUGAUCAAGUUUUCUUCGGUCGAAGAUGCUUUCACCGGAUUUUCAGACAAGGGGAGAGAAGAGAGAUUCAGAAGACGGGUAAAGAGGUAUGUGGGAAUAUGGUGUUGUGAGGAGAACAAGACUCCGGGGCAUAUUUAUUACGAUAUGUACUGGGACGAGAAACCUGGUUGGAAACCUGUUCCUCCACAGACACCAGAAGAAGAUCAUCCUCCUGUCUGAUCCUCCUGUCUGAUGCCUAUACUCGGUUUCUUGGGUCACAAGGAGACUUAAAGGAGCUUUUUAUUUAUUUUAUACGGCUUUUUUACUUCUGUAAACUGUUACUAUCUUAUGUUUCUCUUUAGUCAAAUGUAUAAUCAUGUUUUAACAAUAGGCUUAGACACAAAGAAAAUUGUUUUUCACAUAUUUGGAUCUUUAUAUUAUUCUAGCAAAUGUCUUAUUUUGUCGUUAUACUUAAUAAAAUUUACCAAGUUUU